UUAUACCCGUCCCGCCCCGUCCUAUCACCCCAACCCGCCUCGCAGCCCCUCCAGCUGCGGGCGGGGCACUGCGGCCAAUGAGGCGCAGGCGGGCGGGGCCGCGGCGGGGCGGGCGGGGAGCGCCGGACGGGACGGCACCGGACCGGACCGGGACCGGGAGCGGGCCGGGAGCGGGCCCUGCGGCGGGUACGGACCGGGCCGGGAGCGGGCCCUGCGGCGGAGCCAGCUGGAGAUGGUGGACCACCUUGCAAACACCGAGAUCAACAGCCAGCGCAUUGCUGCAGUGGAAAACUGCUUCGGGGCUUCUGGACAGCCCUUGGCUGUGCCAGGAAGGGUCCUUUUAGGAGAAGGGAUUUUGACCAAAGAAUGCCGCAAGAAACCAAAGCCUCGCAUCUUCUUCCUUUUCAAUGACAUCCUCGUCUACGGCAGCAUAGUCAUCAACAAAAGGAAGUACAACUCCCAGCACAUCAUUCCCCUUGAAGAUGUCACUUUGGAGAUGCUGCCGGACACUGUGCAGGUGAAAAACCGCUGGAUGAUUAAAACCUCCAAGAAGUCCUUUGUGGUUUCGGCGGCCUCCCUUACAGAGAGGAAGGAGUGGAUCAGCCAUCUGGAGGAGUGCAUUAGGCACCUGCUGAUGAAGAUGGGCCGGCAGCCUGCCACAGAACACGCAGCCCCAUGGAUCCCGGACAAGGCCACAGACAUCUGCAUGCGCUGCACGCAGACCAAGUUCUCCACGCUUACCCGCAGGCACCACUGCCGCAAGUGCGGCUUUGUCGUCUGCGCAGAGUGCUCCCGGCAGAGGUUCCUGAUGCCCCGGCUGUCACCCAAGCCCCUGAGGGUCUGCAACCUGUGCUACCGGCAGCUGCUUGCAGAAAAGAAGGAGGAGGCAGAGGCAGAUCGCAGGCAGCUGGAGCUGAUCCGCUCUGCUGUCCCAGGCUAUGAACCUUCUAGCGGUGAUGACAGCGACAAAUCUGACGAUGACAAAGCUGACCAGUGGCCAGCAGACACAGAGUUUUAUACCUCAGCAGUACCUUGGUCCUCUUUCCAUAGCUGACCUUGGGAGUCAGUGGUAGUUAGACAUUAGGAAGCCAACUUCUGGCCUCUGACAUGUGUCCUUGAUGUUUUCUCUGGAGGCUAUCCCUAGGAAGGUGGAUCUUGGCCCCUAUGGGGUAUGUGCAGGGGAAGCAGAGGUGGGGUUCACCUCUGAGAAUGUGUCCCCUGUGACAUGGGCAUGGAGAGCAACAGUUCUGUGAGGAGCAUGGACGGGGGCACAGCCUUGCCGAUCAGCCUUGGCCAACCAACCUCGCCCACCAAUGCCUUAGCCUUUCUGUCCGCAAAAACAGAGCAAUACUCACUUCUGUCAAAUGCUUCAAGAUCAGCUCUUGGGAGGAAAAGAAGCAGGAAAUCCUAGACUUGACCAUGCGUGCCUGCUAGCAGAGUGUUCCUCUGCUGCAGCGAGGGGCUUUCCAGAUGGCAUUUUCCAUUGGCAUUGCAUCUACAUCAGAGCUUCUCCACGCAGGUGUACCAGUGUGAGGGGAUGGCCGCUCGUCCCUGCACAGCAAGGUCAGCACUGGCUUCUGUUUGUACAGCCAGGUCUCGGCUUUGGAAAUGCUGAGGGAAUGGUGCUGGAUGCAGGGAGCUUGUCUGAUGCUUGGUGUGAGCAGCAUCAGCAAAGCACCAGAGCACUCGGGUGUCUCCGAUGGCAAGACGCCAGUUUGGUGGUUCUGGGCAAGGAGAGAGGAAAGAGAGGGGAAGGGGUUGUGUAAAAUUAUGUGGAGGUAAGGAGGGAGAGACUGACCACAGUUGGCUUAGCUGGGGACACAGCCCCAGAUCUCAAAACCAACCACCUUCACCAGAUUACCAGCAGCUUGAUGAGCUCUGCCCUAACAGGUAGAGGGGAAGGCUCAUAAAAGCCUUAGAAAUCUAGGAAAAUGCCCCAAACUAAGAUCUUAUGUAGUACAGCACUGCAGCUUCCCAGGAGGAAGGGUGGGCAGCAGCCCGAGGCACGGAACACUCCCCUGCAGCUCCCCUCCUGCCCAUCAGCCUCACAAGUACAACAUUAAGGUCCUUUAUGUACUUCCAGGACUGGAGCCUGGGACUUUACUGUUAACUUGAGAUCAACUUAAAAGUUCAAAUUAAGUUAGAAGUAAACCAUGUGUAUUCAAGUAUUCUGUCAUUGUAUAGCAUGGGGGUAACUACUCUGAAAAUCAGACAACAGCAAUUGUUUUGCAGCAGACUUUUCUACAAACUCCGUUAUUACUUUUACUAUAUUUUUCUAUUGUGUGUUUUAUGCUCUGGAAAAGGAAUGGGGUUGGGAGUGUGGUGCCAAUGCCAGGAACAGCUUCCUUACCCUGACCUGUUCCCAGCAGUGCCUUGCCUGCCAGAGGGCCAGACUGAGGGGCUUUAAAUUUCAGUUCCAAGUAAUCAUUCCUACUGUCUUGUAAACUGCCUCUGUUCCACUGCACUUGUAACACUCGUCUGUGUGUGAAUAAAGAUAUGGCCAGCAGGAAGAAGCCAGGAAAGUACAACAAUGUAGCGUGU